ACGUGUAUAUAUUAUCAAACGAUAUGAUAUUAAAACGUAAUUAAAAUAUAACAGAUUGUGAUUGUUAAAAGAACUUACUUGAGUUAUUUUUUCGAUAGUAUAUUUCUCUAUUUGAUCACAUAGAUCUGUAUACUUUACGCGGUUCUGUUUCUUGAUUUCAUAAGUAAAUUAACAUAAAGUAUAAUUCAAGUAAAUUUACUAUAUUUUACUUCAAUAUGCCUGGUGAACUGACAGCAGAUAUAAUUAAUUUAGAGCUUGGAGCUCAGGAACCAUGGCCUCAAUUGAUACAAUUAUAUAGACCAUUCGAAGUAGAACAAAUAUUAUUGCCAGACAAUGCUAACUGUCUUGCUGUUCAAGCUUUUCUCAAAAUGUGUAAUUUGGAGUUUCAAAUAAAGUCAAGAAGAGAUGCCGAGUAUAUGUCUCCAAAUGGUUCUUUGCCUUUUAUUAAAUGUGGUGCAUUUGUACUAUCUGAAUUUGAUAAUAUAGUGUCCUUUAUUUCAAACAAAGGGACAAGUUUAUCCAACCAUUUAAAACCUGUAGAUAAAUCAGAUAUGAAAGCUUAUAUUUCAUUAGUCAACAAUGUUUUUGUGAAUGCAGAACUUUAUAUUUGUUGGGUCGAUCAAACAACAUUAGAAGAAGUAACUAAACAAAGACAUGGAAGUGUUUAUCCCUGGCCUCUUAAUCAUUACCUGAAUUGGCAAAAGAGAAAACAAGUUAUAAAAAGGCUUACCGUACUUGGUUGGUAUAAUAGAACUUUAAAAGAAGUCUCUAAUGAAGUUGAAAAUUGUUGCGUGAUAUUAUCAGAAAGAUUGAAUGGAAGAAACUUCUUUUUUGGUGACAAAAAUCCAAAUGAAUUGGAUGCCCUCGUCUUCGGACAUAUUUUUACGAUUAUUACAACACCUCUUCCAAACAACGUUCUGGCGAAUAUUGUCAAGAAUUUCCCAACACUCGUGAAUCUCUGCAAACGCAUCGAGAAUAGGUAUUUUCAACGUUCGGAUGAUUAGACAAGGUUGCACUCGGACUUCAGGUAUAUUGAAUUGAGUUAUACUGAUUACAACACAAUCAAGUUCCUAUGUUAUGCAACAGAUACAACUAAAGAUGAAAAUAUUAGUAGAAAUAUUUGCAAUAUACAAUAAAUAUGUCCAUGUAUAUAUGUAUUUCCAUAUAUGGACAUUUGUUACUACAUCAAUAAUUACAAGAGAAUUAUCAGAUAAAUUAAAAAAAAAUUUACAUCAACAUACUUGAAGUUCGAGUUAAAAGAUAAUAUGAUAGUUAAAAGAUUAUAUGUUAUAUACCGUAAUUGUUAACAAGAUAACUGAAUAUGACUAUUAAUCACACAUAAUAUUUUAGUGUUGAAUGCAAAAUAAUACCUAAAAAAUAGAUAGCUUAUAACAAAUAUAACAUUUUUCAGCAUAUUUUCUCUACAAACAUUAGCAGUCAAAUAGAUUAACAAAACGUUGGAGGCAAGAGAUAGGUGACACAUCUAAGGAGAUUUGCAAUUAUUGUAAGAGUAUAUAAAACUUAUACAAGCUGUUUUUAACACUCGGCGAAAAGUUUUUUUUUGGAUAUUAUUAAAACAUUGGUUAUAGUAAUACUCUGUUCUCAUGUUAAAAAGAUGAAAGAGUUAUUUUCCAUGUACCUGUGCAUAAUAUUCAUGCUAUUUGUAUCAAUAAUAAUUAUAUAAACAUAUAUCCAUUAUAUACAACGAUCGUAAUUUUGUUGAUAACAAUGAAUGUAAACAGAUGAUAAUAAUGUUAUAAUUCUAAAUAGAAAAUUGUUUUUAUUCUGGUAUUUUCUAAGUUCUCUUUAAGAUCAUUCAUAAAUCUAAUCAUUGAUAAAAUACAGGUAAUCAUUAUUUGUAGUUGUACAUUAUUUUGUUUGUACUGUGUUUCUGGCUGAAAUACAAAGUGCAUUUGUUAAACAUGUUUUUAAAUAACAGAACAGAGUAAUAUAAUUAUUUUUUAACAAAGAUGAAAUAUUUCAUCUUUUUCACACAAUUUAUUUUACAAAUUAAUUUUUAUCUAGUCAACUCUACUUUACAUCAUUUUACAUGUAGACUUAUGUAUACAGUAAUAUAUAAAUUAUAACCAUUAUAAGACUUUACUAUAUAAUUUGUCAAUAUAUAAAAUAGUGAUUCUUAUAAAUAAUAUAAAAUUUAUUAUAUCAAAUUCUUUCAUCUGUUAUUACAG